UAAAAUGAAUAAAUUUUUCCAAAAAUUUCCCUUGAGCAUCAAGCAAAUGCUAGAUUUCUUGCUGAAGAACCCUGGCAGAGACCAGGAAUUCACAAGACUUGAAAGCCAGUUACCUGAAACUGAAAUGAACCAUUUGAUCAAGUUCACCGCCGAUAAUGUCAUGGAGUCAGUAAAGAUGCUAACAUUUGUGUUCAUAUGCUUGACCAUCCUUAAUGGAAUCAGUCCAGAAAUAUGAAGCAGAGAUGUAAAAGUACUUGCAAUCUCAUGCUGAGUUGCGAUCGUGUUUAUAAUAUCCGGCUAUUUCAUCUCAAAAUUUCCUGAAUACCUCCAAGGAGCGAUAUUUGGAUUCAAUGCAUUUGGAUACGUAGCGAUGCAUUUGAUCUACCAAACCAACCAUUUUGGCCACCUCAGAUCAGCCAUGCCAUGCUUAUAUUUGUUCCAUUACUUCCUAGCCACCUUGACUCCUUCCAAAAGACAGCUAACCAGUCUCAUUUUCACUGUCACAGUGAUUAUGAACUUUUCCCUCUCAAUGUACAGACUAGGAAAAAUAGAUAAUGAUAUUACGAUUUCAGGACUAAUGUCUAUCCUGUUCUUCGACCUUGGUCUCAAGAGCAACCAAAGUAAACUCUCUGAGAUCUACUUGAUGAUUCUGAAGAACGAUAAGUUGGCCAAGGAGAAGCAAAAAGUGGUACAGCAGUUUCCUCACCCAGUUUUGAUACUUCCUCAGAAAAUCUCUAAGUUUUCCAAGUGAUACCCUAAUGACCAGUUCGAGAAGAAGAUUAAGGCUCUGAACCAGAGGAUUGAGAAGCUAGAUCAGGUCAAAGUUACAGUAACCAAGAAGGCUGCAAGAGACAAGGAUGUUCGGAAGAAGCUUACCUUGUUAGAGUAUAUACAGUGUUUCCAGAAGAACAAGAAGAGAGGAAAUGAUGAAGCUAAAAGAGAUGCUGUAAUCCAAUGAGACCAAACUCUUGCCAGAAAUUCUUCAAGAAAUCGUCAAGCUGCAAGUGAGGAGUCUGAUAGCGAAGGUAUGCUCAAAAGAAACUUCAGUAUUAAGUCUCUCAACAUCGAGUGGAAAGGAUUUCCUUCGGUGAUGCAUGUCUUUAUUGACACCACUGAUAUCAUAAAACUAGAACAGGCUAAGAACAGAAUUAAGAUGCAAGAUAUCAUGUUUGCAAGUGCGAGUCAUGAGUUCAGGACUCCACUAAAUGCGAUUAUCCACUCAUAUAAUUUUAUCAAAGAAAGUUUUCAAGAGUUGGUCAAAAUACUAGAUAGCAAUAUGAAUGAGAAUCUUGCACAAAAUAGUGAUAUCCAGUUUCAUAAGGAAAACAUAUCGAAGUUCUUGAGAACUGGGUCUACCUCGUCUGUGCUAUUGCUAUCGCUCGUCCAAGACAUUCUCAAUCUCACAAGGAUUGAGAAUGGAAACAUUACAACGAAAUUUGAUUAUUUCAGAGUACCUGAACUUCUUAGUGAUGUCCAUUCUCUUUUCUCCGUACAAUGCGAGAACAAGAGAGUAGACUUAAUAAUUGAGUGAGAGGAUGCACUCAAACUCUGCGAAGUCAGUACAGAUUCAAAUAGAAUCAAGCAAAUCCUUGUGAACCUUGUAUCGAACUCGGUGAAGUUUACUUUCAGAGGCUCUAUCAUUAUGAAAGCUGCUCUCAAAAAGACUCUGGAAGGUGAUGACAUUGUUGAGUUCAGAGUCUGUGAUACUGGCACUGGUAUUAAAGAAGAAGACCAAGAGUGCCUCUUUAAGCUCUUUGGAGUCAUCGGAGAAAAUGAAGAUCUCAACCCCAAUGGGUGUGGAUUGGGACUCACCAUCAGCAAGAAAUAUGUCGAGUCUCUUGGUGGAAAAAUCAGAGUAGAAUCAGUGUACGGUGAAGGAACAGAGAUGAUAUUCACUAUCAGACUCAUAGAUAUCAAGCAAAUCCAGUGAAACAGAAGAGUCCCAGCUUCUCCUAACCACCUUCCUGUUCAAGAGCAUGAUUGGGAAAUGAGAGAUAUUGAUUUUCAAGUAAAUGAAGAGCAUUCGUCUAUGACAUCUAGAAUUAACGACUGAAAGUUCUUUGGUGGUAACGAGUCUAAGUUUUAG